AUGCCAUCAUCGAAAGCGAGACAAAUCAAGCCGGCCAAGGAGGGGCAUGAGCAGACCGAAAAAGCCUCGCCACCAGGCCCUCGAAAGCGACAAUCCACCGCUCGAAUAUCAGCCGCAUGUGAAGCAUGUAAGAAGCGCAAGACAAAAUGCACUGGCGGACCGCCUCCUUGCCAGCUAUGUCAAUCAUUAGGCACAGAAUGUGUGAUUGAUCUGACACUGGACAUGCGGCGCCGCGCCGCACUCCAACGGACGGUGGAUGAAUCCAAGUCAUAUCAAGAUGCUCUGAACAGAUUGAUCGAUUGCAUACGCGAGGGUUCGUCACCACAAUAUGAAAGUCUGUUGGAAUAUGUCCGAGGCGGCGCAUCCAACCAGGAUGUCAUCGAUGCUGUGCACAACUCGCCCACACUUCUCGAGGAUGAUAGUGAGAACACUUCGCCUCUACAAAACCAUAUCAAAGAAUCACAAUCUCCACUUGAUAAUGCAAUGACGGAUAAUAAUAAUCUACUACAAAAUCAGCCCAGUGGGGGUCUCCCCACUGUUGACGAGGACAAGCAUAUGAGUGAUGCCGGUAUUACUAAUGGCGAAAGUUCCUCACCCUCCGGUUUGAGUAGAGAGAAGUCAUUUGCACAAGAUAUAUCAACCCUUAUUUCCAAGUUGAAGAUCUUACCUGCGACCGAUGGUGAGCAACUCCUUGGACAAAUCUUGGCAGAGUAUUCCAGUGGAAAACAAUACGACGUUGGAUAUUCCGCGGCACAACAUUCACAUGACGGCUUCAGUCGAGAUGCUGUCGUUCCCUCAACCGGAGAGCGCUCUAUGUGGCAUCCUGCCUUGCAUGUACGCUCACAGCCAGCUGAGUCUGAAGAGUCGCGACAGGUACGUACUAAUGGCAUCAGAUUGACCCAACAAGUCCCGACCGGCGCAAUGAACGUGUUCAUGAAUUAUCAAGCAGAAAGUGGUCCCUUUCAACGGCGCUAUACGGAUUUAGCAGUAUCAAUCAGUAAUUCGGCAUCAUCGUCUUCCACCGAGCCCUCGGCCACAAAAACAUCGCCAUCCUACCCUACUUCUCGCCAUUCGCGCAGCACCGACCCACAGUCAUUGUCGGGAUCCUUACAAUCGCCUACCUCCCUUUAUGUGGAAUCCACUAACUUACCACCAUCUAAGCAGCGAGCAGGGAACGCUUCGGACCUGAGCAUCGCCCAGGAUAAUAUGAUGGUCCAGCUCAGAAUUCCGAUUCAUCUCGUUCUCCCAUUGAUAAUUCCUGAUGAUUCCUACCUGAGUAAUAUGUACACAGACUAUGUGGAAGGGGCGAAGCAAAUGCUCAAGUCAGGGACUUCGUUCACGGAUGUUUUGGGCGACAACGACGAAGUGUCCCUUGAGUUAUUCUUUCGAUCUCGUACCGGGAAUGACAAAUUUGACUGCGCCUCAUGGGCAUGCGAGGUUUGUCGUGCGCUCCCAAUAUUAGACGAUUAUGUUCGCAUGGCCAGUGCUUAUAUGCUGACACUGAUGAUGCGGUGGCUAUUAUCACCAACGCAGGCGGCCUACGCCAAAAUUCCUGAUAUGAUGAAGCCGACACCAUCUCAACGCAUGAUCCCUCAUAUCGGCGCAAUUGAAAUAUUGCCCUUAGGCCCACUACGAGAUGCCCUGAUACACCAUAUGCGGGAUUGGCUCUCACAGCUAAAGAGCACGAAUUGGUCCGUGAACUGGCCACAUGAUCUCAACGCAGCUAUUGCGCAUGACCCUGUUACCAACACAAGAAAGCUGACACCCAAAUUUAUUGAACAUGUUCUCGAAUACGACAACUGGAGCGUCAGUCGUGACUUUCUGAACGCCUUCCCAGAGCUGACUGGGAGAAUACGCGUCCACGAAUGA